CCUUAUAUCAACUCCCUAUAAAUCUGCGUAGCCUCCCUUCCAUCGGUUCUCCCCCACCUCUCUGCAUGUGCUUUGGAAGCAUAGAGAUAAUACUUUAUUAGUUUGGCAUUAACAAAACUAAUACCGGACAGUACCGGCCAGUGCUCUUCACUUGCAUAGAUUAACACUCACUCUCCUUUGUUGGGUCUCCCUGUCUCUUUUCUUGCUUUGCCUUUUCCCCCUCCCUUUCUGCUUCUCCUUUUAUAACUUUAAUUAAAGUGCUUGAGUGGAUUUGGGUUGGUUUCUCUACCUCACUGCAACUGGUGCUUGAUCGGGCCAAUGGGUGAAGAAGCUAAGAAGGAGGAGCCCAAGACAGAAAGCAAGGCAGAAGAGAAGAAAGAAGAUAAGGCAGAAGAGAAAAAGGAAGAAAAGAAAGAGGAAAGUCCGGAAGAGAAGAAGGAAGAGCCAAAGCCAUCGUCUCCGGUUGUCCUGUUUGUUGAUUUGCAUUGCGUAGGAUGUGCAAAGAAGAUUGAGAGGUCCCUAAUGAAAGCCAGAGGAGUUGAAGAAGUUGUGAUAGACAUGGCACAAAAUCAUAUAACCAUAAAGGGAAUAGUGGAACCUCAAGCUCUAUGCACGAGAAUACAGAAAAAGACCAAGAGAAAACCCAAAAUCUUAUCUCCAUUACCUUCAGCUGAGGGAGAACCCCUACCACAAGUUGUCACUUCACAGGUGAGUGGACUAACGACAGUGGAACUGAACGUGAACAUGCAUUGUGAGGCUUGCGCUGAGCAGCUCAAGACCAAAAUACUCAAGAUGAGAGGAAUCCAAACGGCGGAGACAGAGCUGGCGAGUGGAAAAGUGAAGGUAACGGGAACCAUGGACGCCAACCGUCUGGUGGACUAUGUGUACAGAAGGACAAAGAAGCAGGCGCGGAUUGUCCCACAACCGGAUCCGGAGCCCGUCACUACAGUCGCAGAGAAGAAGGAAGACAGCAAUGCUGGAGAAAAGCCGACUGAAGAGGAAGCAGCCAAGAAGAACGAUAAUAAUGAUCAGAAGCAAGAGAACGCAGCAGAGAAGAAGGAGGGGGAAGGAGACAAAGCAGCAUCAUCGGAAGCAGAUACGAAGAAGGAGAAAGGAGGAGAAGAGGGAGGGAAUGAGAAAAAGGAGGAAAGCAAGGACGGGAAGGAGAAAGAAGAGGCCACCGCCACCACCACGAACCUAGCACCCGGGAAGAAGGAAUGGGAAGUCGAGGAUGAAUACUACCACUACAAGAUUAACGCGGCUGCUGUAGCCGCCGCCGAGGAGAUGAGGAGGAGGAUGUAUCAGUACUACUACCCUCCUCUCUACGUCAUGGAGCGGGUCCCACCCCCUCAGCUCUUCAGCGAUGAAAAUCCCAACGCUUGUUGCAUCUCAUGACUCAUCAGAUCUCUCUCUCUCUCUCUCUCUCUCUCUCUCUCUCCCGUCGGUCGGUGGCAGCAGAGUAAUAUUUCCUUGAAUUAAAAAAAAAAUCGAAUAUGUAAAUUUGUUAUAUUAUAUGUACUGAGCGGCUGAGCCAAUAAUAAAUUAUAGUUAAUUACUAUCAUAAAAUGUGUUCUGAAAUCAGAUUUUUCUUUCUUCUUAUUUAAAAUCAAAUAAAACAUGUACUGAUGUAUUGAAAGCUCUGUUUA